AUGCCAUCGCCGCAAUCCUUCGGCGGCGGCAGUGGUGGUCGAGAUUCGGAUGAAGACGACGAGGAUGGCCCAGGCGAAGACGGUCAAAGUUGGUUCGCCGGUGGAGAGAGAAGUGGAAUAUCUAUCCAGAAUCCCGACCGGGGUAGAGGAGUUCCAGGCGGUAACAUGGUGCGCGAUUUGCUACGUCGGGCGGCCGAAGCCGGCCCGCCACCUGUGGCGAUGGGAUCUGAACAGAGAGCUCAUGUAUUUACUGGUGGCGGACACACGCUAGGAAGUGACGAAGUACCAAGUACUUUCAUUCCUGACCCGGAUGCUGAGGAGAAUGGCGUAGAUGGUACAGAAGAAACCGCUAUCCGUCACCUCACCUUUUGGAGAGACGGAUUCACUGUUGAGGAUGGCGACCUCAUGCGAUACGAUGAUCCGAACAAUGAACAGAUCUUGGCGGAAAUCAACUCUGGCCGCGCGCCACCAUCUAUCCUUAAUGUGCUCCCGGGCCAGCCAGUUGAACUCCGCGUUGCUAAGCACACCGAUGAAGAUUAUGUAGCACCUAAACGUACUGGCUUUUUUGGGAGUGGUAACCGCCUCGGGGCUCCUGUACCGGGAGGGGAGGCUUCACAUGCAUCUAGUUCAUCGAUGCCAGGAAGCUUUCCGUCCUCGUCUUCCCCCGCUCCUUCCUCUGAGCCUACCCGUGAAAGUAUCUCCACCAAGUUUGAAGUCGACCAAUCAAAACCGACUACGAGUAUUCAGAUCCGUUUGGCUGAUGGAACGAGAAUGGUUUGCCGCAUGAACUUGACACACACAGUCCUUGACAUUCGCAAUUUCAUCAAUGCAUCUCGCCCUGAAAAUCUCACAAGGCCGUACUCUAUCGGGACGACAUUUCCGAAUCGCACCCUUGACGACAACGCACAGACAGUUGAGAGUGCAGGACUGUUGAAUAGUGUCAUCGUUCAAAGAUGGGUUUAA